AUGAUACGUGGACUGAUUCUCUGCUCUACUUUCGCACUCGUUAUCUGCUUAUUUGAGGAUGUCUACAGGCCAGCUGAGGUGCACGACAAAGUACUGUUGUCGGUAGGAGUAAAGAAGGAAUACUUGGAUAAAAUCAACGAAAGCUUUCGUAACAUGCUGAAAGGUCUGAUAAAAGCUUACAAUGAGGCGGAGAGAACUGGGAAUAAAACAAUUUACAAAAAAGAGAACACUAGACUGAGAAAAGAGAACUGGGAUUUGGCUGAAUCUUUUCCGGAUGAUCAACAUGAUAUUAUUGUCGUCUAUAUCACGGAGAUAUUGAGAGCAGUGAGGGAACGUAGAGAUGAACAACACGCUCUGGAAUCGGCCAAGUUUUGGGCGGAGCAAACGGCUAUUUCAUAUGGUGUGAUGACAACUGCUAAACCGAAGAAUUAA